AUGGCGAGGGUUCCCAUUUUCAGGGCUUCGAUUUCUCGGUCUCUCCCAAUAUUUCUUCCUAAUCUAUCAUCAUCAAAUCGAAAUUCUAUUCUCAAGAAAAAUAAGUUACUGUGUUAUGCAGCUUCAUCAGAAACCAAAACGAUUCGGUCAGAGGUGUCCUUUUGCAUCGGAACUUACCUCAUUCCACACCCUAAAAAGGUUGAGAGAGGUGGGGAAGAUGCUUUCUUUGUUAGCGACUACAAUGGGGGAGUUAUUGCAGUUGCUGAUGGUGUCUCUGGUUGGGCUGAACAGAAUAUCGAUCCUUCAUUAUUCCCACAGGAAUUGAUGGCCAAUGCUUCAUGUCUCGUGGGGGAUGAGGAGGUUAACUACGAUCCCCGGAUUCUCAUAAGGAAAGCACAUGCUGCCACUUCCUCUGUUGGUUCGGCUACUGUGUAA